CAUAUACAUUCGCUGCCGUCAUUCUUUUUCCUUCAUCACCAAAAAAGGUUUAGAAACCUGAAAAAGCUCUAAAGCUUCGCUAGUUGCUCAUGGAUAUUGCUAUGGCGUUUAAUAGAACUAACCAGCGAAGGAAUUUGAAUUCAGUUUCUAGAAUCUGCGGCAAAGCAAUCACGGCGGACAAACAGUUCAUCGUUGUUCAUUUGUGCGGCGGUGCAAUUUUUGGAACUUUCCGUCAAAGAGUCGAUUCGAUUUACGCCGGCUCAAAAUCAUACGGUCCUUCGCUGAAGCUGAUUCAGUAGAACAGAACCCAUCUGCUUGCGAUGUAGAGCUGUCGUUGGUGGUCUUUAAUGUGCAUGAUUCCUACUAUGCUUGCGUGUUACAAAAAAGUGGCUGGACAAAAGACAGAAAUUUGUUUUUCCAGUGGCUAUCAGCUCUACCUUUCUCAGGCGGUGGUUUCAAUGAUGUUGCCGCUGCAGAAGGCCUUGCUGAAGCAUUGAUGAUGUUUUCUUCACUCAAAGAUGCUGAUGGGCAAAGACAUUGUAUUCUUAUUGCUGCAAGUAAUCCUUAUCCAUUGCCUAGACGAGUUUAUUAUCCAGCUAUGCUGAAUCUGGAGCAGAGUGAUAAUGAAGCACAUACCAGUCUUCGACUAGCUGAUGCUGAGACAGUUGCAAGGGCAUUUCCUCAGUGCUCUGUUACCCUCUCUGUUAUAUGCCCAAGGAAGCUUCCCAAAUUAAGAGCAAUAUAUAAUGCGGGAAAACGCGAUCAACAAGCAGCUGCCCCGCCCGUUGAUACGUCUAAGAAUCCAAAUUUUCUUGUAUUAAUUUCGGAAAAUUUUAGUGAGGCCUGUGCUGCUUUCACUCACAGUGAAGUGGAACGUUUAGCGCCAAACCAGACCCUGGUUGAAAUGGAUAUGUCUUCUGUGCCUCCAGUUUCCGGUCCAGCUGCAACUUCUAAUCCAGCAAGUCAGGCAAAUUCUGGAACUCCUCUUGCAUACAUGCCUGUUUUGAAUCAACAACCAAUUUCAGCCGGAAAUAUUCCUCUUGGCAAGAAUAAUAGUGCAGAGGCUAACAAGUCUCUGUCUCAGCAGCAAACAUUGGCUACAGUACCAUCAGCUCAAUCAGGUUAUGUCAAAUUCUGGGAGGGAAAUUUAUGUAUGGUGAGGGAGGGUCAACCCCAACAUAUUUUGAGACUACAGGGGUACAAGAAAUCUUCAGCUUCUGAAUCAUAUUGGUUCCUGUUCAGUCAUGCAAAGUACAAGUUACAGCUCCUUAAAUUUUGUGACAUUUAUGCUAGAGUUAGAGAGUGCACUGGAAAGGCAGAUAUUCUAGCUUUUUGGGCAAGUGACUGGCAUGGAGUUCUUAAUGCGCUGCACGGAAAGAACUUAUCUGCAGUAAUUCAACUACCAUCACAGACAUUGUUCAUCCAUGCUGAUGAAAGAAGUUUCCCCUUAAUUGGAUUGCUUUUAUCUAAUGAGAACAUCAGGUCUAGGCCAACGAUACCCAACCAGCAGCUACGAGCACAACCACCUCCCGGAGUGCAGCAGCUGCGGCACAACCAAUAACUGAGGCGGACUCGGAUAACCAGGACUGGCUAGAAUUUUUGAGUUUUGAUGAUCAAAUGUAACAAUGAAUUUGACUACCAGCCAUUGCAGAAAUUUUUAUCAAGUUUAAGCAGCAGAAAUUUCUAUUACUUAGCUAUUGAGGUUUGAACUCUUUUCAUGCACUGUUGGAGAACUUGGCUUGCCCAAUACGACUAUUGUUCUUCAUUCCCAUACCCAAACCUCACAUUGUGGGAUGCUUGUUAGUUAUUCCUGUUGAAACUAUUGGAUUUACAGGUUGAAAAACAAAAGGUUCAUUUUUGUUA